AUGGCUGCCUCUUUGGAAAUUCCGUUGAUCAACAUUAGCCCUUUCCUCGACGCUUCAGCAUCAGAUGCAUCCCGCAAUGCGGUGGUUGACCAGGUCAGAGAUGCUUGUAUGACUUAUGGAUUUUUCCAGUUAGAAGGUCACGGCGUUCCUCUGCAUCUUCAAGAGAAGAUGAUAGAAUGCGCUAAGAUUUUCUUCGAUCUUCCCCUGGAGAAGAAGACGGCAGUGGGCAUGGACAAGGCGAUAGGAAAGUCAAAUCGUGGCUAUGAAGUGAUCGGGGGACAAACGCUACAGCCUGACACGCUUCCCGAUUUAAAAGAGGGCUUGUAUAUCGGAGAAGAGCUUUCGCCUGAUGACCCAAAAGCAGGGUCUUUUUUAUGCGGGCCAAACCUUUGGCCCGAUCUACCAGAGGAGCAAUUUCGCCAACCGAUACAAGAAUAUUAUCAACUCAUGUUGGCUCUGGAUCAUCUGCUCCUUAAAGUUGUCAUUUCGGGCAUGCCCUACGCCCCAGAUGUCCUGGCAGAGUUCACGACCGACCCGAAUGCAACUCUUCGUUUGCUCCAUUAUCCACCGCAAAAAAGCAAAGAUGCUAGGCAACUCGGAGCCGGGGCGCACACUGACUUUGGGUGCAUAACAUUACUCCUUCAGCAACCAAAUCAAACUGGUCUUCAGGUUCUCUACCAACCUACAAACUCAUGGAUACCUGUACCUGCGGUUAAAAACCGAUUUGUGGUUAACGCCGGAGACUUGCUUUACGGCUGGACUAAAGGAAAGUACAAAAGUGCUGUCCACCGAGUCAUUAACGAUGGUUCGGAGCAUCGUUACAGUGUUCCGUUUUUCUACACUGGAAAUCUUUCUUUCAAGCUACGGCCACUUGAUGGUAGUGAAGAUGAAAAAGCCAUCACAGUCGAGCAGCAUGUGACGGCCAUGUAUGAUAAAACAUACGCUGUACAAUAA